UCACAUGAGAGUUCAUACAGGAGAGAAGCCAUUAACAUUUGAUCAGUGUGGGAAGAGAUUCACACAAAGAGGAAAUCUUAAGAGUCAUAUAAAAGUUCACACUGGAGAGAAACCACACACAUGUGAUCAAUGUGGGAAGAGUUUCUUACGAAAAGGACAUCUUAAAGAACACAUGAGAGUUCACACUGGAGAGAAGCCACACACAUGUGAUCAAUGUGGGAAGAGUUUCACAACAAAACAAAAUCUUGAGAUUCACAGUGCAGUUCAUACCGGAGAGAAGCAAUUCGCAUGUAAUGAAUGCGGCAAAACAUUUCUCUGGGCAUCAAACCUGAAGUCACACCAGAGAGUUCAUACAAAGGAGAAGCCACAUUCAUGUUCUGUGUGUGGAAAGAGAUUUUCACGGCUGUAUCAUUUAUAUGAACAUGAGAAAACACACACUGGUGUGAGAGAGUACAUGUGCUUUGAGUGUGAGAAGACUUUUACUACAGCAACCCAUUUAAAACUGCACCAGAGAAUUCACACUGGAGAAAAACCUUUCAAGUGUUCACAGUGUGACAAGAGAUUCAGUCAGUCAUCAAAUCUGAAAACACAUGAG